AUGCAGACUCGAAUUCAAUAGUUAUCUUAGCUUCAGCCAGAUAAAAGAAUCCUCAACUACACUUUCAGUUAAUAAGCUGUUAUAGGACGUGGGUCCUAUGGGAUUGUAUAUGUUGGAAUGAAUAUUGAUACAAAUUAAGUUGUUGCUAUUAAAGUUGUACCUUUGCAAUGCGACCAGCAAUCUCUUAGAAAGGAAAUUGAUAUAAUGAAGGAUCUGGAUUGUCCAAAUAUAGUUAAAUUAUUAGAUGUAGUUCAAACUCCAAAUAAUUGCUACAUUGUUAGCGAAUUGUGCACAGGGGGUGAUCUGAGAGAGUACAUGAAAAGACAUGGAUGCCUAACUGAAUAACAAGCCUUACCCAUAAUAACACAGAUCUUAAAAGGGAUACUCUAAUCUUUCAAGAGAGGGAUCGUCCAUCGCGAUUUGAAACCAGCUAACAUUUUGAUCACUGCUGAAAAUAUAUUUAAGAUAGCUGAUUUCGGGUUCGCUAAACGAUUCUAACACUUAGAAGGAGAUCUCAUGAGUUCAUUGGCAGGAACGCCUUUGUACAUGUCUCCACAGGUAUUAUUGAGGAAAUAGUACACUUCCAAGUGUGAUGUAUGGAGUGUGGGUCUAAUCUAUUAUGAAUUGAUUGAAGGCAGAACUCCAUGGAAUGUUAUGGAUAUUCUGGAUUUAAUAAAUAAGCAGAGAAAUACCAGUAUCAAAUUUAGCAAGAAGAUAUCACCCCUGUCCUAAUAAUUCAUUUUGGGCUGUUUAUAAUAUGAGGAAUAAAAGCGUUUAGGAUGGGAACAAGUAUUUACCCAUCCUUUGUUCGACAAUAAAUUUGUGAUGAAGGAGUUAGAUUAGAAGUCUCAAAGGUCUCAGCAUUCUACCUCAUAGAUUAAGAAUGAGUCUGAUUCAUCAAAUAUCAAUGCAAAAUUAGUUGCAGUCAAUUCGCCUCCAUAAACUAAAUCUCCUCUCUAAAUUUACAAUAGGUAGAAAACUAGUUAGAAGGAGUUAUUAUCAAAGGUUGAUUCUCCUAAAUAAGAAAUUCGAUAACUAUUUCAUCAUAGUAAAACGAUGAUGAUUCCGUAGACUUUAAAGAAAGAUAGGACUAUCAGUAUUGGCAAUCAGCCAUAGAGUACAAGGAAUAGUGGGAACAAGAUGUUUGGAGAGAAUUAGAAGGGAUUUUCGAGAUAGAGGAGUGAGAACGAUGAAUUGUAAAAUAAUAAAUAAAUCAUUCAAAAUUAAAUAGAAUUUUUGUUGUUGAUGAAACAAUUAAGGAUCUAAUUACUUGAUUAUUCGUAAGUCACCAUUUAAUAGACUACUGUAUAUAAAUUGCAAUUUAUCAUAUUGAAGAAUAUUAUGAUGAAGACUACUCAAUUGAAACACGGUUUGAUUGAUGGAAAUGUGAAUAAUUUCGAAUUAAAGGAUUUUGAAAUCUUUAAAUAGAGCGAUACUUUUAAGAACAUAGAGAAGUAGAUACUGGAAUUGCAUUUUGAUAGUUUCAAUAGUUUUUAGGAAUGUUAAUUGCUGUUAAAUGAGAAUUAUACUCUGAUAAUGAAUGAUUUGGAAUUCAUGGACAUUUUUAACAAUAACUUUGAAUAUUCAAUAUAGUUUUGUAAUUUGGCUAAGCAUUUGAGUUUGUAGUUUAUAAAAUGUAAUGAAUUCGACUAUAUUUAGAAUAUUUAUAUUAAAUAAUUUUGGGAUAUGAAAAUCCUAAGAUUUAAUUGUUCACAUUUCUGUUGUGCAACUAUGCGAAGUUCGUUGGAGAGUACACUUAGAAUGUGGAACAAUUGUUACAGAGAACGAAUGUAUAAAUUAUAUUGA